GGCAUUCACUCCCCCCUUCCACACACACACACACACACACACCCAUUGAUGGUGCAUUCUCUCCCUGAUAAAGGCGGUGUGCUGCGAUGCAUUCAACAUCAAUCACUUCCAGCGCGCGUACCCUCUCCAGUCCAUCAGCCGGGGGAAGUGCUCUCGCCUCGGGUGCGGGAUACGCGUCUCUCCGCUUCAUUAUCCCGUAAGAAUCCGAUCCUCUCCGCGGCGGGGCGGUAUCGUAUGAGUGGCUCUGUGCUCUGGAACCUGGACGUGCCAUUUAUUUAUUCUCUCCCCAUUCACACACUAAAGAAGUUGGGGGGUGGGGGGGACUUGAGACUUUCAGCACCACUUUCUCCGUGGACAGCGCUCGCAAUGGUUCCGGCGCAUCGACGCAGCCUCGGAAUUGCGCGUGGAUUCCCUCUGGAUUUACUACUGAGAAACAUUGUUCACAUGUUGAUCUGAGGAAAGAGGAGAAAGAACAAACCCACCAGCUUUCUUAUUAUUUCUUUUUCCCCCUCAAUUGCCGAGGAAAUCCCCCCCUCAGCCCGAGCGAAGCAGCCGACAAGAUACGAUUUUUUCCUUUUGGAUAUGGGUCACUUCUUAUAAUGCAAAAAAAGGGAUUCCUCGUUUCGUGCACGGGCAGGAUGAAGGGGAAUUUGCAGUGAAGCCUGUGGACCUAAGCAGGCCUGAGGGCUCUGACAUAUACCAAAUCCCUGCCCACGGGAACGGGGGAGAUUAAAAACUUCUGAUUGAGGUGGAGAGGAAAGAGGAGCGGGAGAGAGGGACGCAGAGAAAAACGCCUAUCGCUCACCUUUGUUCUUCCUGAUGCCCCAAGUGAAGGAUCUGCACAGGAAGAGUGUGUGAAUAACAGCCGACGCAAGAGCAGCUGCCCACCGCCGUGGUCAGAGGAUGGAGUGAGGGUGUGGAAGAGGAGAAGAGAACUGGAUUACAAGCAGUGAAAGAGCCGAGCUCAUAUUCUCUGUUAAUUGAAUGCCUGCGAGAGAGGGGAGACAUGAGAGGAAGCCUUUUCCGUGCCAACUGGUAUUGCAAUUAACCCUCUGGCCAUCAUAAAGUAAUACCUGGCUUCUGCUCUUUUCUGAUUGCUGGGCUCGGUCGCACAGGGGUGGAUGUGCGCUCAGGCCGUGAUCAUGUCUCAACCCUCGGCGUGUCGACCGGAUUGGACCGGCUGUCGGAGGAAUGGCCUGCUUCUGUCGCUGCUGCUGCUGCUACUCAACGGCUCUCUGAAGGCCGCCCAGGCUGCCAAACCCAAAGGGCCAGGACACACACAUUUGAACUCCAUCCGCAUAGACGGGGACAUCUCCUUAGGUGGGCUCUUCCCGGUGCACGCCCGAGGGCACGACGGCAAGCCGUGCGGGGAGCUGAAGAAGGAGAAGGGCAUACACAGGCUGGAGGCCAUGCUCUUCGCCCUUGACCGCAUCAAUAAUGACAAUAAUCUGCUGCCCAACAUCACACUGGGAGCACGUAUCCUGGACACCUGCUCCCGGGACACUCACGCCCUGGAGCAGUCGCUCACCUUCGUGCAGGCUCUCAUCGAGAAGGACGGCACCGAUGUCAAGUGUGUGGGCGGCGGCGCGCCCAUCAUCACCAAACCUGAGAGGGUGGUGGGGGUCAUCGGAGCGUCCUCCAGCUCGGUGUCCAUCAUGGUGGCCAACAUACUCCGCCUGUUUAAGAUACCCCAGGUGAGCUACGCCUCCACGGCUCCGGAGCUCAGCGACAACACCCGCUACGACUUCUUCUCCCGAGUGGUGCCUCCGGACACCUACCAGGCCCAGGCCAUGGUGGACAUCGUCAAGGCCAUGCGCUGGAACUACGUCUCCACCGUGGCCUCCGAGGGAAACUACGGAGAGAGCGGCGUCGAUGCGUUUAUUCAGAAGUCUCGGGAGGACGGUGGUGUUUGCAUCUCCCAGUCCGUCAAGAUUCCCCGGGAGCCGAAGCAGGGAGAGUUCGACAAGGUCAUCCGGCGACUCAGAGAAAACCCAAACGCAAGAGUCGUCAUAAUCUUUGCCAACGAAGAUGAUAUCAGGCGGCUACUUCAUGCGGCUAAAAAGGCGAACCAGACAGGUCAUUUCAUCUGGGUGGGCUCGGACAGCUGGGGCUCAAAGAUCUCUCCGGUUGUGCACCAGGAGGAGAUGGCAGAGGGAGCCGUCACCAUCCUGCCCAAGCGCCAGUCCAUCAAAGGGUUUGAUCGCUACUUCAUCAGCCGAACGCUGGAGAACAACAGACGGAAUAUCUGGUUCGCGGAGUUCUGGGAGAACAACUUCAGCUGCAAGCUCAGCCGUCACGCCGUGAAGAAAGGGUCCGGGCUCAAGAAGUGCACAAAUCAGGAGCGGAUAGGAAAGGAUUCGAACUACGAGCAGGAAGGGAAGGUGCAGUUUGUUAUCGAUGCUGUCUAUGCAAUGGCACAUGCCCUGCACAACAUGCACCAGGAGCUCUGCCCAGGGAAAGUGGGUCUGUGCGCUAGGAUGGAUCCCAUCAACGGCACUCAUCUGCUGAAGCUCAUCCGCCGACUAAACUUUGCAGGCAUAGCUGGCAACCCUGUGCUCUUCAACGAAAACGGAGACGCCCCUGGACGCUACGAGAUCUACCAGUACCAGAUCCAAAACCGAACGGCUGAAUACAAAAUCAUCGGCCACUGGACAGACCAGCUCCACUUUAACGUUCGUUCGAUGCAGUGGCCGGGUGGUGUCCGUCAGAUCCCUUCCUCAAUCUGCAGCCAUCCCUGUCAGGCUGGUGAGCGCAAGAAAAUCGUGAAGGGUAUCCCUUGCUGUUGGCACUGCGAGCGCUGUGAUGGUUAUCAGUAUCAGGCGGACACCUACACCUGUAAGAUGUGCCGCUUUGAUUUGCGGCCAAACGAAAACCACACGGGUUGUGCUGCGAUCCCCAUUGUUAAGCUGGAGUGGAGCUCUCCGUGGGCGGUCAUCCCCGUGCUUAUUGCUGUAGUUGGCAUCAUGGCCACUUUGUUUGUGGUGGUCACAUUCAUCCGCCACAACGACACCCCCAUCGUGAAAGCAUCGGGCCGAGAGCUGAGCUACGUGCUGCUAACUGGCAUCUUUCUCUGCUAUGCCACAACAUUCCUGAUGAUUUCAACCCCUGAUGUAGGAAUCUGCUCCCUGCGGAGGAUCUUCUUGGGUCUGGGGAUGAGCAUCAGCUACGCUGCCCUACUCACCAAAACCAAUCGUAUUUACCGCAUCUUUGAGCAGGGUAGCAUGUCCGUGAGUGCGCCCAAGUUAAUUUCUCCAGCCUCCCAGCUAGCCAUCACAUUCACCCUGGCGUCAGUGCAGCUGCUCGGGGUGUGCAUCUGGUUUGGCGUUGAUCCCUCCAAGGCCAUUAUUGACUAUGAGGACCAGAGGACGUCUAACCCCGUGCUGGCUCGUGGUGUGCUCAAGUGUGACAUCUCUGACCUGUCUCUCAUCUGCCUGCUGGGCUACAGCAUGCUGCUCAUGGUCACCUGUACAGUGUAUGCCAUUAAAACCAGAGGGGUGCCCGAGACCUUCAAUGAGGCAAAACCCAUCGGUUUUACCAUGUACACCACCUGCAUUAUUUGGCUGGCAUUCAUCCCAAUCUUCUUUGGCACUUCACAGUCCACGGAAAAGAUGUACAUCCAAACAACCACGCUGACCAUCUCGGUGAGCCUGAGCGCCUCGGUGUCCCUGGGGCUGCUCUACAUGCCCAAAGUCUACGUGGUUCUCUUCCACCCCGAGCAGAAUGUGCCCAAGCGCACGCGCAGCCUCAAGGCCGUGGUUACUGCCGCCACCAUGUCCAACAAAUUUAACCCCAAGGCUGGACUCAGACCCAACGGAGAAGCAAAGACCGAGCUGUGUGAAAGCCUGGAAACACAAACAUUCCCAACAAAGCAAACCUACAUCAGCUACAGCAACCACGGAAUCUAAUGGAAGGGACAGAGGUUCUUAUCGUAAUUCAGGAUUUCCACCCUGACGGACGGAGGAGGGAACACGCAGGGGAACUUAACACAGCCGGGGGGGAAAUGAAAAAAAAAUAAAUGAGAGGAUGUGUCAUUGGACGGGUGGAGACCAGAGAAGCGUUGCCCUAAGAAACGACAUGGUGAGGAGAGUCCACAAAGACGUGCAGGGACGGACAAAUCACAGGACCUGAACUGAUAACACUACAUUUCCUAGAUUCCAUCUUUUGUCUGCCUCAGAAGAAUAAACAUGAAAAUGAAAAAUACUUGCAUGGCAGAGAUCUGGAGACUGAAGGAUGGAGCGUUUCCUUUCGAGUGUUUACAUUACAGCGAUGACCUCGUUCCGAGACGUCUCCCGCGGUCCUGAGCGGCGCCGACUGAACCCGAACUGAAACGAAGAAUAUGUUCAGGUGUUCUCGGUGUUGUCUGCCAGUUUUGCAAACUACAAUUAAUCUUAAAUCUCUCAAGGCGUCAUAAGGGAUUAAUCAUCACCGGAAAGGCAUGAAAACGUGGUGCUUGGAUUUACCAGGAGCGGUUUGUGUUUUGUUCUUAUGUUUUUUUUUAUCUCUAAAUGUAUUCUGGUCCCACGAGUCAAAGGACUGGAGAAGGGGAUCAUCUCAACAGUGCAGCAAAUCUGCUGUACCCGACCACGUGUUUUGAUUUCUUCUUCCAGGUUCCCACUGACUUACCAAGAAUGGCUCCACGUAUAAGACGAUCUCUGCUAAUUUUGAGCAUGCCAGUUUCAACAUCCUGUGUUGUGUUGUUUAAAAGAAAAAAAAAGAGGAAAAACUACCGGAUAAAAAAACAAACAAAGAAAAUGAAAAAAUAAAAUAUCUUUGGAAUGCGUUUUUAAAAACUCUGUUGCAGCGUUGUUAACAAUUGUUUGGGCCUGAGCCUAUCGUGCGUUUAAAAACUGUUCUCAAAAUGGUGACGGUCUAGUGAGUGAUUGUUUCUCUGUGCUUAAGUGAGGCCAUGAUUUGUAUUACCAGCGAGCCCGAGACUGCCACUCAGCAUACCUGUAUGUGCAUUGACACAAGCGGCUCCUGGUUAAAAUAAACAGUGUUUUAGCCGGGAGCAGACGUCCUGGAUGACCCUCCCAUCACUGCCACCAGCUACUCUCUCCACCACACGUAGUGUAAGGGUAUUAGGAGGGGAAUUAAGAUGAAGUGGGCCCCUGAGAGGACGGUGCAAUAUGCCCCGAAGGUGAUAUCCAUAAUGGACCGGCCACUGAGGAAAUUCAUUACUAUACAUGUCCUCUCCAGGCACUUUCCUGAUAGGGAGGAGGUGUUAGGGAGUUGUAAGGCUUUUCAACAAAUGAAAAUCUAAUUGCAAAAGUAUACAAUAUCUCUAUCCAUCACCCUGAGCUCGCUGAAAAGAUUAAUAGUUGGCUUUGUGCAGUAUAAAAGCCCUCUAAUGUCUUGGGGGGAAAUAUCGUGGGGGUCAUUUGUGUUGUGAAGUCAAUGCUGCUUUUCAUGCCUCCCUCUGUAUUACUUUCGACACCAUUUGUGUUGCAGAAUAAAACGUGAGUGCUGACCAAAUUAAAUGGCGAGUUAAUGUAUGUUAUUAAAUAUUGAUUGAUGAUGUCUGCUUUAUGUCCUGACAUAUCCUAAAACUGGGGAAAAUGUACAAAAAGAUACAGUGCCUGGCUAUCUGACUAUGUAUUUGUAAAACCUCAUGAAAACUAAUGAAGUGUCUGAAGCAUGUUUAGUUUUUUUUUUGAUACAAAAAUUUUAUUUCUAUUAAAAAUGUUUUAAAACUU